GGUGGCAUGGGAGGUGGUGGAUACGGCGGAAUGGGUGGCAUGGGAUACGGCAGAAUGAUGUAUGGAGGUAUUAGAUAUGGAUACGGCGGUAUGGGAUACGGAGGAAUGGGUGGAUACGGAGGAAUGGGAGGAUACGGUGGAAUGGGUGGAUACGUAGGAAUGGGAGGAUACGGAGGAAUGGGUGGAUACGGUGGAAUGAUGGGAGGAUACGGAGGAAUGAUGGGUGGAUACGGCGGUAUGGGAGGUAUGGGUGGAUACGGCGGUAUGGGAGGUAUGGGUGGAUACGGCGGUAUGGGAGGAAUGGGUGGAUAUGGCGGUAUGGGUGGAUACGGUAGAAUGGGAGGUUACGGAGGAAUGAGUGGAUAUGGUGGAAUGAUGGGCGGAUACGGAUGAAUGGGUGGAUACGGUAGAAUGUCCCUUAUUGGUGGCAAAUAUGGAGGAUAUUGGCCAGGUGGUAAUAAUUAUUGGUGGACAAAUAGAAAAAUUGGAGGAGGCAUUUGGCCACGCACUAAGAAAGUGAGUGUUUACUAGACCAGUCCAUCUGGAAUGACACAGACGAUAUGGAAUUCCCUUUUAUAUAUACAUCUUAUAUACUAGUAGAUAUUAGUAAACUUUGC